CCGUGACAUUGUGGCGGAGAAUCGUAGGAAAAUAUGUUAAAAACAGGAUGAGCAUUGACGCCAUCAUCAUCCUCUGCCGUGCAAGCCAACCUUUUACCUGCCAGAAGACAAGUCCAUCGUCCACUACGAACCCAAAGAAAAUUAGAAAAAGAUAUAAACCCAUAGUUACCAGUUCGACGACGGUUUCAGAGAGGGAGAGAGAGAAGCUGACAGAUAAAAGAGUUACACAAGUAGAGAACCGUUAAAAGUUGUAGCAGUUUAUUGUAUAGAAUUAUAGAUAGAUAGAUAGACAGAUAGACAGAGAGCGAGAUUGAGAAGGGGAGAGCCCAAAAAGAAAGAGGGAGUUGGUGCUUCCUCGUCCUCGUGUGGUCGUGCCUGACUCAUGGUGAGAGAGGUGGAGAAGCGGGGAAUGCGACUUGGUAAGUACGAGCUUGGGCGGACUCUCGGCGAGGGGAAUUUCGGCAAAGUCAAGUUCGCUCGGAAUCUUGAAACCGGCCAAGCAGUUGCUGUUAAGAUAUUGGAGAAAAAGAGGAUCCUUGACCUCAAAAUCACCGACCAGAUAAGGAGAGAAAUCAGCACUUUGAAGCUCCUGAAACAUCCAAACGUGGUUAGAUUGCACGAGGUUUUAGGAAGCAAAACCAAAAUAUACAUGACCCUUGAAUAUGUCAAUGGCGGCGAAUUAUUUGACAGAAUAGCAUCAAAAGGUAGGCUCUCAGAAUCUGAAGGACGAAAACUAUUUCAGCAAUUAAUUGAUGGUGUAAGCUACUGCCAUGACAAAGGUGUAUUCCAUAGGGAUCUGAAGCCAGAAAAUGUUCUUGUUGAUGCUAAAGGAAAUGUAAAGAUAUCUGAUUUUGGCCUCAGUGCUCUACCUCAACAUUUUAGGGAUGAUGGUCUGCUACACACAACAUGUGGAAGUCCUAACUAUGUUGCUCCCGAGAUUCUUGCAAAUAGAGGGUACAAUGGUGCCACAUCUGAUCUUUGGUCUUGUGGUGUUAUCUUAUACGUAAUUCUUACGGGUUAUCUCCCUUUUGAUGAUCGAAAUCUUGCAGUUCUUUACCAGAAGAUAUUCAAGGGAGUUGUCCAGAUACCCAAAUGGCUCUCAGAAGGUGCGAAGAACUUGAUAAAGAGGAUACUUGAUCCCAAUCCAAAUACUAGAAUUACUAUGGCUAAGAUCAAAUUAGAUGAGUGGUUCCAGCAAGAUUAUACUCCUGCAAACCCUGAUGACGAAGAAGAGAUCUACGUAGAUAAUAAAGCCUUCUCACUACAUGAGCCGAUGUCGGAGGUAGAGAGAGAUCCCGGUUCGCCCACUCUAAUCAAUGCUUUUCAGUUAAUUGGAAUGUCAUCAUGCCUGGAUCUCUCUGGCUUCUUUGAGACAGAGGAGGUGUCUGAGAGAAAGAUCAGAUUUGCGUCCAACCACUCACCCAAGGAAUUACUCGAGAGGAUCGAGAGUAUUGUCACAGAGAUGGGAUUCUGGGUUCAGAAAAGAAAUGGAAAGCUGAAGGUAAUGCAAGAGCACAAUGGACAGAAGAGACCUGGAAGCCUUUCAGUCACUGCAGAGGUUUUUGAGAUAAGUUCAUCUCUAUAUGUGGUGGAGCUGAGAAAAUCAUAUGGAGAUUCUACAUUGUAUAGACAGUUGUGUACAAAGCUAUCUAAUGACCUGGGCGUCUCCUGAAGCCAAGAGCUUUUGACAGCACAGGUGUGAAUCUGGGAAUUAGGUCAAGCAGAACCACUGGAUAGGAACAUUCGGCAGCUGCAAUUUAAUUUUUUGUUACAUUUACAACUGAAAUAAGUAUUUAGCAUUUAUCCUGAAGCCAAGAGCUUUUGACAGCACAGGUGUGAAUCUGGGAAUUAGGUCAAGCAGAACCACUGGAUAGGAACAUUCGGCAGCUGCAAUUUAAUUUUUUGUUACAUUUACAACUGAAAUAAGUAUUUAGCAUUUAUUGUAAAUAAAUAAAUAUUUUAUAUACAUCAUAUAUUAUAUAGAACACCCCCUCGAUUUUCUAGAGGGUAUGUAACAGUCACAGAGUUUCAAUAUGCAAAAUUUGUUUUGAUGA